AUGUCCACUCCUCCCACGAACAUUGAUCCCCAGACAGUUUGGUUUGUAACCAGCUGCUCCUCUGGCCUUGGAAAGGCAUUCGCAAAGAGAAUUCAUAGCGCCGGCCAUCGUGUUGUGGCGACGGCCCGCAACAUCGCAGCGCUUUCAUACUUGCCUGACGGGCCAACGGUGCUCAAGCUCAGUCUGGAUGUUACUUCCAGAGAGAACAUUCUUUUAUCUCUUACACAGGCCGCGAAUAAAUUCUGUCGUAUGGACGUGGUUAUCAACAAUGCCGGAUACUGUCUGAUGGGCGACACCGAGGCUAUCGAGGAAGCAGACGCUCGACAUCAACUCGAAACCAACUUCUGGGGCCCUGUGCAUAUAACGCAAGAGGCACUGAGGAUCUUCCGCGAAGUGAACCCUCGUAGCCAGGGAGGGACGAUCAUUCAGAUUUCGUCUAUGGGUGGAUGGCUGACCGCGCCGGGUCAUGCCUUCUAUCAUGCCAGCAAAUUUGCUCUUGAAGGGUAUACCGAGUCGGUUGCGAAGGAGAUGAAUCCUGAUUGGAACAUCAAGUUCUUGAUCGUUGCACCAGGAGGUGUGCGCACCAAUUUUGCCGGCUCAGGCCUCAAGCUUGCUCGUCGACAUCCAGCAUACGAGUCUCCCGCCAACCCGUUUAGCCAUUUGAGGGAGUAUAUCACCAACCCGGCCUCCCAGGACACGUGGAGUGACCCGGAUGUAUGUGCUCAGUUGCUAUUUGACGCGGUGACUGGGCAGAUUGAAAGGCCCCUGCCAACGCGGUUGCUCAUGGGCGCCGAAACCAUUCCAUUGAUCAAGGCCGAUAUUGAACGGACGUUGAGAGAGAUCGAUGCGUGGAGCGGUUAUAAAUUCGUGCAGGAUUUGAUUUCGGAGAGCUCAUCUCAGGACGACGACCGAUUCGACGAUGGAUCCGAAACCCAGAACGCGGAAUACUCCGCGGCGGACGCGGAGCUUCCAACCAAAGACAUCACCUCACUCGCCACCAAGGCACCCCUCGUCCGUUCGCGAACCGCCACCAGUCCGACCUCAGACCACACACCUCACAAGAAGACCAAACUCGUCGACCCGGAGCUCGGUACGGAUUCAGAAUCGGGGACUUCAGGGGGAUUUUUGGUUUCCGACCGAAAGAAGGAGCUUGAUCUGGUUACUCCUGCGUCGACCAGCAUGGAGUCGGACGAUGACUUCAUGAGCGUCGCCUCGAGUACCGAGGAUUUCCUGGGGACCCAAGGCAGCGAUGAUGACAGUUUAGGGGAAGAUUUCGGCGAUGAAUUCGAUGGGGGAUUCUCUAAAGACAAAGAUAUCAUCGCAACGUCUCGAAAACCAUACGAGGUCGAGUUCAAAGUCCUGAGCCCGGUGGAUAUUGAGCGGGAACAAAGCCAGCAAAUCAACGAGGUGUCAACGAUCCUGGGGUUGCCGCCGGAGUCAGCGGCCAUCCUUUUACGAUAUGGUCGUUGGAAUCGAGAAAAGUUGAUCGAGUCGUAUAUGGACCGCCCGGAGGUGACGUUAGAGGAGGCUGGCCUAGGGACGUAUUCUCAAUCGACGCCAAAAACCGAAGUUGUGCCAAAUUUCAUGUGUGAUAUCUGCUGCGAGGACGGCGACGAUCUCGAGACGUAUGCGAUGCGCUGUGGGCAUCGAUUCUGUGUUGACUGCUAUCGACAUUAUCUUGGGCAGAAGAUUCGCGAGGAAGGGGAGGCGGCCCGGAUAGAGUGCCCGGGCGAUACUUGUCAUAUGAUUGUGGAUUCGAAAACCCUUAACCUUCUCGUCACGGACGAUCUCAAGGAAAGGUAUCAAACCCUACUGAUCCGAACCUACGUGGACGACAAGGAAAAACUGAAGUGGUGCCCGGCCCCGAAUUGCGAGUACGCCGUUGAAUGUCCCGUCAAACAACGCGACCUGCGUCGUAUAGUCCCUACGGUUCAGUGUUUCUGCAAGCACUUCUUCUGUUUCGGCUGCACACUGAAUGACCACCAACCGUCGCCGUGCUGCUUGGUGAAAAUGUGGCUGCAGAAAUGCGAGGAUGAUUCGGAAACGGCCAACUGGAUUUCGGCCAACACGAAGGAAUGCCCCCGAUGCCACUCGACGAUCGAGAAGAAUGGAGGAUGUAAUCACAUGACCUGCCGGAAAUGCAAGCAUGAAUUCUGCUGGAUGUGCAUGGGUCUCUGGUCCGAGCACGGCACCAGCUGGUAUAAUUGCAACCGUUACGAGGAAAAAUCCGGGUCCGAAGCGCGUACCGAACAGGCCAAGUCGCGAGCCUCGCUGGAAAGGUAUCUGCACUACUACAACCGAUACGCCAACCACGAGCAAUCGGCCAAACUUGAUAAGGAUUUAUAUCUUAAGACGGAGAAGAAGAUGACUAGUCUGCAGUCGCAGUCCGGCCUUUCGUGGAUCGAGGUGCAAUUUUUGGAAACCGCAUCCCAUGCGCUUCAGCAAUGCCGGCAGACGCUGAAAUGGACCUAUGCUUUCGCCUAUUACCUUGCCCGAAACAACCUGACCGAGAUCUUUGAGGAUAACCAGAAGGAUCUCGAGAUGGCUGUGGAAAGCUUGAGUGAGAUGUUUGAGAAGCCGGUGCCGGAGCUGGCGAACCUCAAGGUGGAUAUUCUGGACAAAACGGCCUAUUGCAACAAGCGGCGAGUGAUCUUAUUGAGCGAUACUGCGGAGAACCUCAAAAAUGGUAAGUUGCGGCCUGACACUUGA